UCUAUUCAUAUCUAUCUAUCUAUCUCAUUCUGUUCGUAUCUAUCUAUCUAUCUUCUAAGUCUGUUCAUAACUUUCUAUCAAUCUAUCUUCUCACUCUGUUCGUAUCUAUCUAUCUAUCUAUCUAUCUCAGCCUUUUCAUGUUUAUCUGUCUCUGUAUAUUCAUAUCUAUCUAUCUAUCUAUCUAUCUAUCUAUCUAUCUAUUUUUCUAUCUAUCUUCUAAGUCUGUUCGUAACUUUCUAUCUAUCUAUCUAUCUAGCUUCUCACCUUUUCAUGUUUAUCUAUCUCUGCAUAUUCAUAUCUAUCUAUCUAUCUAUCUAUCUAUCUAUCUAUCUAUCUCAGCCUUUUCAUGUUUAUCUGUCUCUGUAUAUUCAUAUCUAUCUAUCUAUCUAUCUAUCUAUCUAUCUAUCUAUCUAUCUCUAUCUUCUAAGUCUGUUCGUAACUUUCUAUCUAUCUAUCUAGCUUCUCAGUCUGUUCGUAUGUAUGUAUGUAUGUAUGUAUGUAUGUAUCUCAGCCUUUUCAUGUUUAUCUAUCUCUGCAUAUUCAUAUCUAUCUAUCUAUCUAUCUAUCUAUCUAUCUCAGCCUUUUCAUGUUUAUAUGUCUCUGUAUAUUCAUAUCUAUCUAUCUAUCUAUCUUCUAAGUCUGUUCGUAUCUAUCUAUCUAUCUAUCUAUCUAUCUAUCUAUCUAUCUAUCUUCUCAGUCUGUUCGUAUGUAUGUAUGUAUGUAUGUAUGUAUGUAUCUAUCUAUCUAUCUAUUUCAGCCUUUUCAUGUUUAUCUAUCGCUGUAUAUUCAUAUCUCUCUCUCUCUCUCUAUCUAUCUAUCUAUCUUAUAAGUCUCUUCGUAACUUUCUAUCUAUCUAUCUAUCUAUCUAUCUAUCUAUCUAUCUAUCUCAGCCUUUUCAUGUUUAUCUAUCUAUGUAUAUUCAUAUCUAUCUAUCUAUCUAUCUAUCUAUCUAUCUAUCUAUCUAUCUAUCUAGUGUCUAUUUGCGAAUGGUAGCUGGUAGCAAAAUGAAUAUACUGUGA